AGCUACAUACUCAUCGUUGAGGCCAUGGAUCAGCCGUCUAAUGUGAGUUCGCGCCUGCGUACCACAGUUACAGCCGUUUUACAGGUGACGGAUGUUAAUGACAAUGCGCCACAGUUUGUGUUUCCUGUUACUAUCAGCACACCAGCAGAGCAUCGAUUCCACAUGCCACCCGUCGCCACAAUACGAAUCAGUGAUGCACUGCGCAUUGGCGAAACAGUUGCUCAUAUCGUGGCUGUGGAUCGAGAUGCGGGCGCGAAUGGAGAAAUCACCUAUGCAAUUGUCAGUGGUAACGAGGCGGGAUACUUUCAGAUGAAUUCAAGGGCGGGUUAUAUUGAGUUAACGAAAUUAAUACCACCGGUUAUGCUGGGUAGCUCUGGCGAAAAACCGGUGACUUCUAGUGUUCAGAGGAACAGUUAUAAUUUGGUAAUAAGCGCCAGUGAUAAUGGCAAACCAACGGCUCGUCAAUCGCUGUUGAAGCUACAUAUUUUAGUGCAAGGAACUAGCAGGAAUCCACCACGUUUCCAUCAAUCAGUGUACUACGCGAACAUAACCGAGAACACAGCCAAAGGUACAUUUGUGCUGCAAGUGACAGCGAAAUCUUUCAACGACAAUGGUGGAAAUGUCGGCAAUAAAUUCAGCAUCGAUAUGCAUACGGGCGAAUUGACUGCACGCCAUCUCGAUCGUGAGCAGUAUUCACAUUAUCUGCUUCAGAUCCAGGCUCAAGAUCGUGGCUCGCCCAAAAAUUUCCAAGGUCACUGUAACAUAACAGUUCACGUUGAAGAUGAGAACGACAACGAUCCUAGCUUCGAACAGGCAAAGUAUAUGGCCAGCAUACCCGAGAAUACACUGGUCGGUACAAGUGUGUUGCACAUAAAAGCGACAGACGCUGAUUUGGGUAUCAAUGCGCGUCUGGUGUAUUCGUUGGCCAAUGAAACACAAUCGAUGUUCACGAUUGACAGCAAAUCCGGCAUCGUCACUACAGUGAGGCCCUUGGACCGAGAGCGUCAGUAUGUAUACAAUUUCAUGGUGGUCGCAACUGAUGGAGGUCGUUACAGUACACGUUCUGCAAGUGUGCCCGUGCAAAUAGUCGUCGAUGACGUGAAUGACAACCGGCCCAUCUUCGAGCGUUACCCUUUCAGAGCACAAGUACCUGCACUCGUUCAGCCUGGCCAAAUGCUCCUACAAGUCGGUGCUACCGACGUCGAUACCGGCAUGAACGCUGAAGUUCUUUAUUCACUGGGCAACAAUGCUGACGCAGCGACACGCAAUAAAUUCCGAAUUAACCCCAACACUGGCGUGGUGAGCGCUACACAGAGCCUGGCUAGUGAAUCAGGUCGGCUGCUGCACAUUGAGGUGGUGGCACGGGACAAAGGCAAUCCGCCGCGCGUUACCCUCGGCCUCAUAGAAUUGCGCGUAGGUGAAAAGGCAGUCGGCACACCGGUGCUACGUUUCCAAAACGACACUUAUCGACUAAAGUUGCGUGAAAAUAUGGCAGUGGGCAUGAGUGUGCUGCAGGUUUCAGCAGUGCGGACCGAUGGCCGACGGCAGCAGAUCCACUAUUCCAUUGGCACUGGGAAUGAGGAUGGUGUGUUCACAAUAAACUCUACCACUGGUGAGAUAAAAGUCGGUAAUGCAGCCCACUUGGACUAUGAACGCUAUAUAGGUAUCGCAUUGGAAGCUACGAGAGUAAGUGGCAGCUAUACAUAUCGUGGGCGUGCCAUGUUAUAUGAAGGUGAAGAAGAGUUGGGUGCCACCGGUGUAACCAGUUCCGUAGAGGAACUGUCUGAUAAUCAGCGAUCACCUCGUAACCAGCGCGAAUUACAGACGUCUGCCGCCAAAGAAAAUAAACAAUUUUCUUCCUCCGCCACUCAUCCGCAUGAAUUGCGUUUGGUUCUCGUCGCGCGCACCAGUGCCACACCCGUGCUCUACGGCUAUGCAGAGUUGAUCAUCGAGUUGGAAGAUGAUAAUGACAAUAGUCCACACUUCACGCAAUCACAAUACUCUACAACGGUAUGGGAGGGCAACAAUAAGGGCACAUUCGUGGUGCAGGUGCAGGCAUUCGAUGCGGAUGAGGGCGCGAAUGCACGCAUUCUCUAUCAUAUUGUCGAUGGCAAUCACGAUAAUGCAUUCAUCAUAGAGCCCGCAUUCAGCGGCAUAGUGAAGACGAACAUUGUGUUGGAUCGCGAGAUCCGUGACAUGUAUAAGCUAAAGGUGAUCGCAACUGAUGAGGGAGUGCCACAAAUGACGGGAACGGCGCUGAUACGUGUACACAUAGUGGAUGUGAACGACAAUCAGCCGACCUUUCCUCCGCACAGUGUGAUUAGUGUUAGUGAAGAUAACAAGAAAUUGUAUCAUUUAUAUGGACACAAAAAUAACCGCAAUUUUAAAAAACUUUGA